AUUAUUAUUAUUAUUAUCAUCAUCAUCAUCAUUAUUUACCUAUAUGGUAAAUUAUUUAAGGAAACUCAGAGCAGAGCAGACGGUCUCAUCUCAACGAUGAACGGCAGCUGUCAGUCAACAUGUGUUCAGCACCACGGACAGCGAACUCAAUCAACUCCACCAAUACAGAAUAACAAUGAAAAAAAAGACAAACAUGCUGAAAACCGUCAAAUUCCAAUUUCCAACUCGGACACUUCUCAAAACAUAAUAUAAAGAUGCAAUAAUUUAUUAAUGUUAAACAGAUAAAACCGCGAGGCCUGUUCGGUAAAGUGCUCUAAAGCACUGCACCCCUGUUCUCAUUAUGCUACAGUAUUUUGUAACGCGCCAUCAUUUCAGUCGGGAUCGGUGAAAAGGGGACUUUUGCUUUGAAGCGCUCAUUUUGGCGGCCAUUGCCGUCCGCCUUCACACCGUGAGGAGAGGAGGACCGUGCUAGGAGUAAUAUCACCUGUACACCCUCAUACAGGGCUGAUCCGAGACAUCUGGUUCUUAAAUCAGAUGCAUCCUUGACUGUUUUUAUGUGUUAAGUGACAGUGAUCUCAAAAUCAGACCAUAAUCCAGGGGCGCGCGCACGAUGGCUCUAAAAAGGAUAUACAAGGAGCUGAAUGAUUUUGCUCGAGACCCUCCAGCUCAGUGCUCUGCCGGUCCUGUGGGAGAUGACAAGUGAGAGGCAUGCUGUUUAUGGCAUCAGCAGCACUGCAGCAGAUAUGUGUUUCACUGGCAAGCGACUAUAAUGGGGCCUAAUGACAGUCCCUAUCAAAGUGGUGUGUUCUUCUUGACUGUGCACUUCCCUGCGGAUUAUCCUUUCAAACCACCAAAGGUUGCAUUCACCACACGAAUUUAUCACCCAAACAUCAACAGUAAUGGCAGUAUCUGCUUGGACAUAUUAAGGUCGCAGUGGUCACCAGCUCUCACCAUAUCUAAAGUGCUUCUGUCCAUCUGCUCCCUGCUGUGUGAUCCCAACCCAGAUGACCCUCUAGUGCCUGAGAUCGCUCGCAUCUACAAAGCAGACCGCGGCAAGUACAACAGAAUAGCCAGAGAGUGGACGCAAAAGUAUGCUAUGUAGUUGGAGAUGGACAGUGGAGAAUUGCGCUCUGGUCCAGUAACACAGAGAAGGAAGAGAUGCAAAAGACACAUCUCAUUGGUUUCCAUUUGGGUGCUUUUUUGAGCUGCACCCACUACCAGUUUGCACACUGCAUCCAAUUCACUUUCUUGACCGUUCACUUUUUUUAGCUGUCAUUUUAUACGUGCAGUAUUAUUGAAUGUUGGAAGAAGCUGCUCUUUUGAAGCUCCACAACCCAUAGAACAAAAUUGUCACCUGCAGUCUGUAUCAAUUUGGAGCAAUUCGAGAGGAAUCUUUCUCAGUUUUUGUUAUUUUUAAACUUAUUUCUGGCUUUUUGUCUGUUGUCUGAGAUUUUUUUGUUUGUUGACUUCUUUUUACUGUAUUCUUUUCCAGACUUCAGAGCGUGGAGGAGAACUUUGUUUUAUUCAUUCUACUUGCAUUCUGUCCAAGCACCACCUACUUGAGCUCCCAGUGAGCUAACAAUGGUCAUACUUCAUUACUUCAUCAUGCAUCACCAGUGUCACUGAUAUACCAGUAGUCCAUCCAGCCUUUAUUUAAACAGUGAGUUGCCUCCAGCCAUUACUGAGGUGCCUCCAGCCAUUAUUUUCCUCACCUCUGGAGUGACUGACUUAUGGAUAUCUACUGCAUUGCCUUGGGAACUGAUAGAGCUUAUGUGCAGGCUGUGUAAUAAAUUGAUUGUAACAAUACUUUAUGUAACAAUCUUUAAUGCACAGUAUUUAUAUUAUCCUCUUCAAUGUGAAUUCCAUUGAUUGCUCAAAAUAUUUACAAGAUCCAGUCAGAUGUAAUCAUAGUCAUUCAGCGUGGUUUGAUGUGAAAGGCUGCACUUGAAAGAAGCUUACCAACUUUCUGUUGUUCGUUAAAAUGGUGGUAGCCUGGUUAUGAUGUCUGCAGCAAAAAUAUAGCCAUAAUUUUACCAAAAUGACCAGAGAACCUGCACAUGUCUUCUAAAAUUUCAUGUGAUAUGGAUAAUGGUAAAAAAGUGGUGAAUCUGAAAAAAUAAAGUUUUAUUUGGGUAUUAUGUUGCCUUACAGCA